AUGACGAGGAAAGAAAGAAAUGUUUUGAGAGGGUUUAGCUCGACUGCGCGGGUGUUUGUUGACAAGAACACAAAAGUUAUUUGCCAAGGACUGACAGGGAAACAGGGGACUUUUCACACGGAGCAGGCCAUGGAUUAUGGAACUCAGAUGGUCGGCGGUGUUCAUCCCAAGAAAGCAGGCACGUUCUGGAAAUCUACCAAUGAAAAACACCAGCUUCCGGUUUUCGGGUCUGUCGCUGAGGCCGUAAAGGAGACUCAGUGCGAUGCGACCGUCAUUUAUGUUCCUCCACCAGGCGCAGCAGCCGCCAUUCUUGAAGCUAUUGAAGCAGAAAUUCCUCUCAUUGUUUGUAUCACUGAGGGAAUUCCCCAGCAUGAAAUGGUUCGGGUCAAACAGGUUUUGAAAUCUCAGACAAAGUCGAGAUUAAUCGGUCCAAAUUGUCCCGGUAUCAUCAAACCUGACGAGUGCAAAAUUGGAAUCAUGCCAGGCUCAAUUCACAAAACUGGGAUGAUUGGAAUUGUUAGCCGUAGCGGAACUUUAACAUACGAAGCUGUGAAUCAGACAACAAGAGUCCAAUUGGGACAAUCAACUUGCAUUGGAAUUGGUGGUGAUCCUUUCAACGGAACAAACUUUAUUGACUGUCUUGAUAAAUUUGUGUCUGAUCCCCAAACUAAGGGAAUUGUUAUGAUUGGGGAAAUUGGUGGCAACGCUGAAGAAGAUGCUGCUGCUUGGCUCACAGAAAAUGCUGGGCAUGGCAAGCCUGUUGUUAGUUUCAUUGCUGGGUUGAGUGCACCACCUGGAAGGCGUAUGGGCCACGCUGGUGCCAUUGUGUCCGGGGGGAAAGGCACCGCAGAGGGAAAGAUUGAGGCGUUAGAAUCAGCUGGUGUGCAUGUUGUCCGAUCACCUGCUAAAAUUGGAGACAAGAUGCUAGAAGUGAUGAUUUCGGCUGGACUAGUUGACGGCACGUUUGCAGAUCAAGCAAAGUUGGCAGAAGCCACUGCUUGA